GAGCAUAAAGAGCAUUUUAGUUUAAGCCUUAGUCCCUUAAGUAAUACUUCUGUUAGCAUACUGAGUCUAUUAAUCAUUAGUGUGACAAACGAAAUAGCCGUUUGACCGUUAUUCCACAACCUUCGAGCAACUUGUCGCCUUCCUGCACUUUGCCUGGGAGUCGACACUCGUGUCGCUAGCUAUCGAGACAUUUAUGUAUUUAUUGCUUCGAAUUAUUGACAAUAUUUAGACUUUAUAUUCAUUAAAUCGAGUAUUAUUGUUGCGAAUUGCAGAUGAAUUUUACUGGAAAAAUAUUAUAAUCCAUAAGGCAAGUGGAUUGAUGUUUAUCGGAUGUAAAGGCUAGUUAGUUUAGAAUCGUGCGCGAACUCCAGAUAAUUAAAAAUAUGUUUUAUUGCAAUAUUUGAAUUUCAGACUUUAGGCAUAAAAAGUCAUACAAGGUCGUAGUGAUAAUUGAGAUAGAAAUCGUUAUUUAAGCUCCAGGUUGUGCGUGAUAAUUGGUUUCAUACCGAGAUGUAAGUGAGAGUGACCGCAUGAUAUAGUCAUUAAUAAUAAGUGCUGAGUUGUUAACAGCCGGAAUCUUAGCGAUGUUCUCUUAAAUUCAUGUUAAUCUCAUGCAAAUACUGACAGUAACAAAUCAAUUUAAUAUCCUUAAAUAUAAUGCUUUUAUAGAGACCUUCGAUCUUGCACAUUCUUUUUAUGGAAUUAUUUAAAUCAUCUCAAAUCGGUUCCCAGUACGUCAAAGAUGUAACAUCAUUAGCUAUUAACAAGAGAACAUCGUAACUCAUUAUUUCAUUAAUGAUUAGCAUAAGAUUUCGCUUUAAUCGGCAAUUUAAAGGCCAAUCGAGAAAGAUAUGUUGAUUUUCGGUCAAUUUCUCUAAAAUCAAAUUAUGUAUCGAGAAUAUUGGGUAUUCUAAUGUAUGGAUAUGACGCACAUGGGUAUGUGGUAGUGGUGUAAAGCUAUCGUGCAGCAAACGCAGUGAGCAGUUACAACAGUAUUGUGACGCAACUGUCACACAAUCAGUGAUCUCUAAAAGUGGAGUGUAUUCCGAAGAAAGCCUCAAAAGGAGGGGACGUGCGCGUGCGACGGUGGUCAGUGUGUGUGUAGUCGGUGAUCGCGUGCGCCCGCGCUUCAAGAUUCCAUUCCAAGACAGCGAAAUCAAAAUGCGAUUGUUGAUCGUUCUUGCCGUGCUCGGGGCGGCGGUCGCGAGGGAGAGCGACUGGCAUCCAAUCUUACCGGAGGGCAGCGUCAUGUACUCCACCUACCACGACUCUGAACGGACUGCAGAAACCAGCCCGCGUCUAAAGAUCGUGAACCGUAGGCCGAUCUCAUCUCAGUACAGUUCUGGCAACAAAGUGACAUUGUUCAAGCCGAACGCCAUGUCGGACUCGUGCAGCGUCUACAAAGUUUCCAUGAACCAGGAACUGUUCUACCAGUACUUGGAGUACGAUAAGGAGGUGCCGGAUCUCAAGGAGUUCACUCUCUGCAUGUGGACCAAGUUCCACAACCACUCCAGUGACCAUCCUUUGUUCUCAUACUCAGUCGGUGAGAGCCCCAAGGAGAUUUCCGCUUGGAUAUCAAACACAGACCAGGCGAGUUACUUCAGCAUGGCUGUGCAUGGACAGACCUUCUUCAGGCUAAACUACCCUUUGAAAUUAAACACGUGGUAUCAUUCGUGCCAGUCGUGGAACGGGAAAUCCGGCGAAUGGCAAAUAUGGGUGAACGCUGAACGAGUCGGCAGGGGUUUCAACAACAGACUUGUCGGCCACGUCAUAAAGGGAGGCGGUUUAGCAAUAUCGGGUCAGGACCAGUCCCUUCUCUACAAGAAAGAUAACAUCGAACCAGUCGCAAGGCAAUCCGGUUUGCUGGGCGAGAUCACGAUGCUCCAAUUGUACCACGUGGCCUUAACUGCGGGCAAAGCUCACAAGGACCACAAACAUCACCACGUGCACCACUUCAGACACGACGGCACGCCGCUCGAAGCCUCGACUGAAGCCGUCACAGAACCUCCUCCGCCACAGGCGACUCCCCUGGGCAACGGAAACUUUUUGGUCGGUGGUCAGCUUCAGAGAGCCCCGUCUCUAAACUUAGCCGGUGCACAACAAAUGGUCCCCGUUCAGUUACCAAACGGAUUGCAACUGCAGCAAGAAUAUGUUAAUGGACAACUCGCAAACAGGCUUGUGUCAGAACAACUUUUAAACAGCGCGCAGCCACUCCCUGAUCACUUAGGAGGCGUUCAGGGACAACGGUUAUCUUUGGUGCCUGUAUCGUCGUCUCUCGGACAAGGUCAAGGGUACUCGAGAUCACCAAUCGGACCAUCAAAGGGUACUACCGUCUUAUUAUCAGGGUCAUUGUUGAAUCCCGCCAACGUGAAAUAUAUUGAUGAUUCAAUAGCGCAUAAUUUAUUCAAGAGGAACUCGAAACGGGACAAGAGAGACAACCCUGAAAAGGAAUUGAAGGAAGAGCUUACUCCAGGUAAAAAGGACAAACGCGGUUUGGUGGCGUUGUCUGACGGUUCAAUUGUCGACGAGGCUCUACUAAGCCCAGACUUGAUGCUUGACAACAAAGAGGAUGAGAUCCUGUUCCAGCAAUCAUUACUGAACGGACUCGCCGGCUUCGUUGGCAACCUGCCCGUACAGAACCAGCAGAAGGAAACUGUUGACGAAAGAGAGCCGGCCGAGGCUGAAGUGAAGGCAGUGAUGCAGGUGUGCAGCGGCUGCGCCCCCGAACCCUUCAAGAAGGCUCUCGUCAUCUCCUGGAGAGCCACACCCAAGAAACUCUACAGCGGCGCACACUACUACAAAGGCCUACCGAUUUGCAAAGCCUUCUAAAUACCUGAGUAAUUUCACCGUGUCUAUGAUGUCUAUAAUGUACAAAGCCAAACUUUAACCCUACUUUACGACACAGCUUUACCUACUUAAGCAUUGAUAUUCAAAUGUUUUUCCUCUAAAGUAAAAGCCAUUUAUUUUAAGUGUUAACAAUAAUAAAUAUUAUUAAGGUUUAAAAGUACUACAAUUAAUUAAUUCGAGGCUGCCAGAUGAUUACAAUCUGGGAUGUUGUAAAUUAGUCAUUGGAUGUCGGAACACAUUGGGUGUUUAUAUUAUUUAUUGUAGUUGUAAGAAUACAUUAAAUGGUUACUUGAUUUUUCCUUAGUUUUUAAGUGUAUCUUACCGAUUUGUUACCAUUUUUUUUUUAAUAAAAUAAAUCUUUAAAUAUA